CUUGAUGGUCCCUCAGCGAUGGUUGAUUUGCCGUACGACGGUCCUCCGCGCGAGGGGACGCGCGGAGGUCUCGAGCAGUUCCGAUGGGAGGACAUCAAGGACCAAACCAUGAAGGACAGAGAAUGCUACCUGGGUACGGACACACGACAGGCACCACAGCACUCACACGCAUCCUGUGUCCUCUCCCUCUCUCUGUGGGUGCGUGUGUGCGCAGGUCAGUCGUUGAUGGUGGGUAUGCAGGGCCGCGGCGGUCGGUUCUUCAAGCACGACUGGUGGUCGCAGAAAGUCGGCAAGGACACCCAGGCCAAGCUGCAGGAGGAGCGCGACAUCACCCAGAUGUACGAAGACGAACUCAUGCAGGAGGCUCUGUAAGCAAAGAGAAAGCCGCUCGAAGCUGCAAUCUCUCUCUCUCUGUGUGUGUGUGUCUGUGUGUGUGUGUGUGUGUGUGUCCAUGUCAGUGGUGUGAAGCCCAAGAAGUUUCUCCUGCUGAAGAACCAGAUGAGCGAGGAGGAACUCAAAGCGGUGAGAGCACAGAGCACACCCCCGCACAGACACAAACACCACGUCUGUCUAUCUGUCGGUUGUGUUUGUUGCUUGCAGCACUUCAAGAGGGAGAAGAUGAAAGAGGAGGCUCCCGAGGCGGCACAGGAAAAUGGAGGUGAGCGCAAACAGAGCGCACGUCGAUAUUUGUCCUCUGGUCUCACUGCCUUGGUUUGACCGCAGACCCAUCGCACGACAAGAAGGAGAAGCGCCAUCGCUCCGCCGGCGGCUCAGAGUCGUCCGAUGAAGACGCCAGAGAGCGCAAGCGCCGCAAAAAGGAGAAGAAAGCCCAGAAGCGGCAGAAGAAGGAGCAGAAGAAGGAGCAGAAGCGCUCCCGACGGCACAGAGACGACUCCGACGCCGACAGGCGGCACUCCCCCUCCCCCCGCCCCCCAGCUGAUCUCUCUCCCCCUCGUCGCGAACGUCUGUCCCCCCCUCGUCGGGAGCGUCUUUCGCCCCCUCGCCGCGAUCGCCACAGCGACGAUGAGGACAGGGACCACCAUCGACGGCGAAACGAGAAGGAUGCGGGGCGGGACAGCGGGAGGGGGGAUCGCGACGACGAGAGGCAUCCAAGGUGAGAAGGACAAGGCAGCAGAGCAGUCCUGGUUACCAGCAUCUGUUCUCGUCUUGUCUGUCUCUUCAGUCGCGCCGACCGCCGCCGCGACAGUCCAAGGCCUUCCUAUCGUGACCGCCGUGAGAGGGAACGGCGGGGCAGCCCUGACCAUGACAGGCAGAGGUCACGCGGACGGGAUGACGACGACAGGAGGCGAUCUGACAGGGAUGAACGACGAUAGGCAGAGGGGCUGGAUGCAAUGAGAUGGGUGUGCAGGGAGGGGCUGGCAGGAUGACUGACUGCGUACGUUGCGUGUCCUUUUCCAAUCGUUG